CACACCACCACACAACGUCAACGAAGCAAAAAGAUGUAUCCCGCAAAGCAGCUCGCUCAUUAUUGUAAUGAAUUUCGUGCAUGAAACGUAGCUCUCUGAUGGAAUGCUGAAAAUUCGCGUCGUGGUCCCAGUUCAUUUCCCUAUCCCUUCGAUAGGUUGUAGUUGUUCGAAUCCCUAAAUACGGAAGGAUACGAAAUCAGUCCAGGUCUAGUUGUGCAAGUGAGUGAUUGUGCAUUGUGCUGAGAAGGAAGGUUGUUGUUGUUUACAAAGUGCAACGUUUCUGAUUGUGAAUACACGUUCACGUACGUUUUAAUUGCGGAUAAGGGAAGAAAGAAAAAAACCACCCUUACCGAUGUGUGUAAUUGCUGAAAAAUGAAAUUCACAGUGUCUCUGGUGUAGAAGCAAAAGAAGGGCAUGUGUGGGUGUUGGUAGUGCCAUUAAAUUAAUGUUUCAGUGCGAGGGGAUCCUCCUGUGCUAACAGUUUUGUGUGCCGCCGUCUAGUGUUGUGGGCCACAGGGCGGAAGGGUGUUGUCCGUUCUUCUCUAUCUCCUCUACCGUGUAUGCGAGUGAUGGUGCUGCAGUGAAGAAGAGCGUGUUCGCAGGGGGGAAAUAUCAUGCUGGUUCAGAAAGAAAGCUACAGAAACGGGGUCAUACUGCACAGCGACUUCCACAACACCGACCACAUCUGUGCCGUACGGAAACUGUGAAAAGCGGGUCAUCCUAAAAAACGGAUAGUGUGUGUGUGUAUGUGUGUGCGUGUGUGAAAGAGAAAGAGAUCAUCGGAAAGGUGAUCCCAUUCCCCUUUUGGCUGCAUUAUUUGCCUGAGUAAAAAACGCAUCCAAAGCAUAGUUGAGUGCAUCUUUAGAACACAUCGUACCCCAAAACAGGCUGGCCGUUUGUGUUGAAGCUGUAACUUAUGACUGCUCAUACGUAUAGUGUGUGAGUGCAGCUCGAUGCCGCUGGCCCCCUCAUCGUAGGAGCCGUUUGCUGGGCACAAACACAUGGAGAAAGUUGCUGGCACGGUCGGUCACACAAGCAGCAACAGUCACGCCGUGCGAGAAAGGAUGUCGCGUCGUAAGAACCUUGCCGGUCUGGUUGCGGCCACCGUCGUCUGCAUAGUGCUGCUGUACGCCAGCCAGCGGUACACAUCGAACAGCUACGGCACGGAGUACUUCCGACCACGGGAACGUCCGGCCAAUCUGCGGAUGCUCAACUCCCACAAGUACUACGGGUCACGAACGUACGGUGGAGCGGCGGGUGGAGGGGGAGCAGGCACCGCGUACGACACGUACCCGCCGAUAUCGACGGCCCACAACUCCACCAUCAGCAUCGAGGACGUGCUAAACUAUCAGCGGGCCCUAAUAUCGGCCGAAUGUACCGACAGUUCCUACGGCGAACGGAAGCUGCCGGACGGGCUGACGCCCGAAACGGGCGGCAAACCGACCCGCAGUCUCAUCAUCACCACCUGGCGGUCCGGGUCAACCUUCCUGGGCGACAUCCUGAACGCGCUGCCCGGCAACUACUACCACUACGAGCCGCUGCUCGACUUUGACAUCGUGCAGAUACGCGGCCCUCCGAACGACAGUGUCGCGCUGCACAAUCUGCGCCAUCUGCUGCACUGCGACUACAGCGAGAUGGAGAACUACCUCGAGUUUGGCCGCACGCACAACUAUCUGUUCAGCCACAACACCCGGCUGUGGCAACAGUGCGUGCGGUUUCCCCAGUUUUGCUACGAGCCGCGGUUUCUCGGCCCGUUCUGUCGGCUGUUUCCCCGCCAGAGCAUGAAGGUGGUCCGGUUGCGGGCGGCCCUCGUUACGCCACUGCUAGAAGAUGAGAGCCUUAAUGUACGGGUGGUGCUGCUAAUACGAGACCCGCGGGGGUCGAUGCAGUCACGGAAGCAUCGUGUGUGGUGUCCGGGCCGGCCGGACUGUGACGAUCCCAGCACCGUGUGCAGUGAUAUGCAGCUUGAUUACGAGGCAGCGAUCGAGCUGAGCCAACGCUUUCCGCAGCGGUUUCGCGUUGUACGGUACGAAGAUCUGUCGCUAAAUCCGUACAAGAUGACCAAAGAAAUACUGCAAUUUUACGGGCUUCCAUACCACCCGGAGGUGAAAAUGUUCCUCGACACGCACACCAAGCAGGACGUCGGUGGCGUUAGCUCAACAUAUCGCGAUUCCAAAUCGGCCCCCUUUCACUGGACGAAGGAUUUAACGUACGACGAGGUAAAAAUCAUCCAAGACAGCUGCGUGGCGGCAAUGAGAAGCUGGGGCUACCGGAACGCUACCAGCGAGCGGGAACUGUACGACAACUUUAACCCACUGCUCCCGUACAGCGUUUCGUGAGACGGACGGGUCCCCCGGGGGGACGGUAAGGGUGCAUUUCUUUUGCCCACUGUCAGCGUGUGGGGCAAGAUCGACAAUCGAACUUCGAUUCCUUCCUGUUGUGCGGGCGGUGUGUUGUGCCGCUGUAUUACUACUCUCUCUCUCUCUCUCUCUCGAGCGCACGAACAAAAAACGUCAAUGCAACACUGCAAAUGCAUAUAAAAAUGAUGUAGCAACUGUGAUUUAAAAACGAGCCCCGAGCGCGCGCACCCGAGAAUGGAACUGGGUGCACUGAGCUAGAACUUGUGUUGACGGUUGUGUUGACGAUGCUGAUGAAACAAAAAGACACACAAACACACACAAAAACAAACUAACCAAGUGAAGAGAGAUAUCGUUUGAUUUAUCUGUUUCAGCGUUUCAGGGCUAUUAUCAUAGAUAAGGAGAAGGAUUUUUGUCGAUUGGCGAGAGGAGUCGUAUAGGUUAUGUUUCAGUUAUUCUUCUUUUUCUUUUUCUUUCACGCCGAGGCGGGGGGCAAGCAUUAGAGCAUUAGAAGUAGCGUGAAAAUGAACAUAAAUUUUAAGGUUUUAGUGGUUGUAUUUACUUAAAAAAUGUGAAGUUUUAUGUAUUAAACGAGAGAUAAUGUCGUUCCCUCCUGGUGGAUGAAGAUGAUUUUCAAUCAAAUUAAACUCUCUUUAAAAGGCUUUUAUCAGCUUUCCUCCUGGUUUUCACGAUCGUUUACGUGAAUUGAUCAGGAUAUGGCAAUAAAAGCUAUUAAAAAGGGGAUUAAUUUGAUUGAAAAUAAUGCUAUUCUGUUAGGAAAUUCAGUACCGUUUGGUGCAAAAAUCACUUAUACAAGUUUUUUUUUUAUGGAAUUACAAUCUGAAAGCCCCAAAAUUUCAUUUUCACUUGCUUGUCAACCUCCUCUAUUUGCAUCCUUAGUCAGGGAAAGAUGUUUCUAUGCUGCUUUCCGUUGCAUUAUGUUAAGAAUUCUUGACUUAGAAUUGUGUUCGUGUUUUGUUUUGUCCCUAGACAAACGUUUGCCGCCAGCAAAACGUUGCAGUAGCAAUAGCUGCUCAAAGCCGUUCAAAACAUACUCUCCUUCUUCUUACUCACACUACUAGCAAUAGAGAAGACUUGCAUUGGAAUAUCGAGAUCGAUCCGCGAUCAAACUUUUCUCGCAACACCGUAGCCUAUAACACCGUGUAGCCAGUAGGGGCGUUUUUUAUUACUAUUUAAAGUGCAACAGCAUAGUAUUAUCCAGUACACCACGUGUGUAAGGCGAUCGGAGGGGGGGGGGGGGGGGAGGAGGAGGAAACGUAUUCUGGAGGGGGAGUGUAGGUGAGGUUUGUUGAGCUCAUUCACUUAGAGUGCCUUUUUUGCCUGUUUUUUCACUACUGAAAUUAAACUAUCGUCAUGUUGUUGAUAAUAGUGUGUCAAGUACACACACACACAAUAAUAGUAGUAGCAUCGAAACACAUACAAAUCAAUCACUCAAUUUCAACAACCCCCCACUCAGUAGUAAGGUAGAAGAAGCUAAAAGAAGAGGGGGAUGUUUAGCUUAGAAGCGCGCGAGUUAUGGAAUGCAAUACAUAGAGAACACGCGGACAGACGCGGACACGCCGGCAUACUUUCAAACUCUUCUCUUCACUCUUUUCCCGCUCCUUGAUAUCAAUAAAUUGUAGAACUAAAUAGGGAAGGCGAGCGUGUGUGAGCGUAUGACACACAAGGCACACAAUGUGUGUAUGUGUGUACGCAGAUACUUAAUGAAGUUAAACUAUAUGCUCUGAUGCGUGCGUGCGUGCGUGUGUGUGUAUGUAAUAAUUAGAGUACGGCUAAUAGAGUGUAAUGGCUAUGAGUUGUAGUUGCGUUGAUGAGUAUGCCAGCACAAGAUACUUGUAAUUGCUCGUUCCUAAAGCAAAGCAAAGGCAAAGGUCAAUCCACAAUAGAGGCAGAAAGAGAGAGGGAGAGAGAGAGAGAGUAUGGAGCGUGCUUAGAGACAGGAUAAAAAAAACAGGAUGACAGAAAUGGACGAAAGGAUCGUGUGUGUUUGAUCACAACGACAAAGGAAGCUGUGUGAUAUUACCGAAUGAGCCUGAGUGUUGGUUGCAUCUUCAAAGUAGCCGCCGGGAAGCCUCUCUGACAUUUAAAUUUAGACCCCCUAGCCGGUCGUCCCGCUAGCGCGUCGAUCUGUCGACGGUGUUAUUUGCGGGCUAAAAAUUUAGUUAUUUAUUAUAUUUUAAAAGCAUUUGGAAGACCACUGCGUGUGUGUUGCCACUGCUGCGGCAAGGCCCCAAGGACACGUUUCCACUCUUUUCGACUUUUGGUUAAACGAUUCGAGGUGAAUUUUGUUUUUGUAUCGAAAAGCAGGCGGCGGUGCAGGCUGACCGCGUUUAAGUAAACAAGGAAUUGAUAUUAGACAGUGAAUCAUAGGAGUUAAACAAAGAACGCUAGAAGCAAAACAAUAGAAGAGGGAGGAUCUGCUCAACCGCGCGACGCACGUGUUUUGUUUUUUCGAGUUGUAACGGAAAACGAUCAAAUAAAUUACGGUUUAAGAUUUAA